AUGAGCUCUGAUUCACCCCCGGAUACGAUAGAGCUACCCGUCUUCAAGCCUUUCCGCACUUGCAAGCAAUGCCAUAGCCUCAUGGGCGGCUUUCGGGUUUGCGAGGGUCGUGGUGCAAAUAACCGGAGCAAACGCGGAAUGAUAUGCCAGACGUGUUCUUCCUCUGGCUGUCAUUGGACGGAAUAUCAUGGGGUCGAGGGCACGCAUGUCUAUGACUACACUGAGCUCUUGACACUCCUCGAAGGUCUUCCAAACCGGUUCACUAUUCCCUCGGGACUUCACUCACAUACGCCAUCGCCUUCCGCCUUUGCGGAGCCCACCAUAUCAUCCUCUUCGCCAACACCCUCCUUGCCCAUCGUUAUUCGACAAUCUGGUUCAAAGCUGCCAGCAGCAACUCAGGCCGGCUCCUCUACUCGCUUGGCACAGCCGCUGUCACAGCACUGGGCAAAGGAAUACGAACGCGCACAGGCCGACAAAGCACAGAUUCUAUCGCAGAAGCUGCAGCGCCAGAAGGACGAUCAACUUCAGCAACAAAGCAUCGAACUCUGGGUUUGGACUACGAAGGGUGAAGAGCCCGAAAUUCUUGCCCAUCAUGCAAAUGACUUCCCUCGCUUUUCUUUCAGCGACGUUGGCAUCCUUGGGCUCACAAAGGAGAGAUAUGUCGAUGUUUAUGAAUCUGGCCGUUUCAAGACGUACACUGCAGAUCAUCGCAUCAUCGCCAUUCGAGGACGUCCAAUUCUUGCAUGUGUUCGGCCUAUCACCCUUGAACGCCUGAAGGUCGAUGAUUGCCCAGGUCUUGCGGAUGCUAUGGCUCAGCAGCGGCCGCUCCCAUCUCAUGAUAUCGGGAAGAAAAGAGCAGCAGAGGCGGUCGUAUCACCUAUCAAGGUCCCAAAGCUGACUGGCAACAGUGAUGCCGCUUCCGUGGUACACUGUGCACGAUCACCAUCUGUCGAGCUUCUUCCAGAUAUCCACCCCAUAAGAAACAAGCCCAGGAAGUCGCAGAAGGCAUCGCAUAAGAUGUCUAACACCUGUCCGCUGGCUCGCACAUUUCCUUGUGACUUCUCUGUCUGUGAGCUACAGGAACUCUUUGAUAAGGUAGCACAGAAGAUGGACGACGACUCGGAGCUUACGCUUGAACGGGCGUUCGAGGCUGUCUUCGCCACCCCGUUCGUCAAGGCAACCGUCAUGAAGUAUCGGCGUUUCUGGAGGGCAGCGAGAACACCAGGCGACUUUCGAGAUCUGUGGCAGGAGUACGUCAAUGCGGGGAAGCACAACCCGAAGGCGACUGCUACACACUUCGCCGCUAUUGCAGCUGUCCGAUUCCCUAACAAGAAGAAGCUGGUGCUCCUCGAUGAUGAACCCUCGGAAGCUAGAGUUGAGGUGCCAUCCCAAGCAACGUCACUCUUGCCGUCAUCGUCUGCGCCCAUGCCUGCGCAGCACUCCCCAACGAUCAAGUUGGAGCAGGAAGAUAUACGUUUGGUAACUCACACGUUCAAAGCCGAUGAGUGGUUUGUUGACGAGUAUGGGAAUAUGGAGCUUAUUGAUUGA